AAAAAGAAAAAGAAAGGUUCAUUUCACGCCGAAUUCUUGAUUCUCCUCCUUCUUUUCCCUGUGAAAUCCCGGCAUUCCAAUAUGAGAAAAUUGAAUCUCAGAGUCGCAUAACUAGUUUUACCUGUGAAUUUAUGGUUCAGUAGUUCGAAACGUUGUCGUAAAAAAGUUGAGUGGGUUGUUCUUUAUGGAACCGGUCAGCUCUCUCCAGUCAAUCUGCUACAAGCCUGGUUCGCUUCAGCUUCUCGAUCAGAGAAAGCUCCCUCUGGAAACUAUAUACUUGGAUAUCCAGGAUGCAGCGGAUGGAUGGUCCGCAAUAAGGGAUAUGGUGGUCCGUGGUGCACCUGCUAUUGCUAUUGCAGCAGCCCUCUCCCUUGCAGUAGAAGUAUUCAAUUUAGAUAAUUUUAAUGGGACAUCUGAUGAUGCUGCUUCCUUUCUUAACAAGAAGCUGGAAUAUCUUGUCUCGAGCCGCCCAACUGCAGUGAACCUCUCCGAUGCUGCAACAAAACUCAAAGAAGUUAUAUCAAAGGCUGCUGCUACUGCUUCAGAAGCACAGAGCAUUUUUCAGGCUUAUAUAGAAGCUGCUGAAAUCAUGCUCAAGGACGAUGUUUCUUCAAACAAAGCUAUUGGGUCUUAUGGGGCAAGUUUUCUUCAGCACCAGCUGAAGAACUCCAAGCAGCUUUCUAUUUUGACCCAUUGCAACACGGGCAGUCUUGCAACAGCUGGAUAUGGUACUGCCCUUGGUGUGAUCCGUGCUGUUCAUACUGAAGGGUUGUUAGAAAGGGCCUAUUGCACUGAAACCCGUCCAUUCAAUCAGGGAUCCAGACUCACCGCUUUUGAGCUGGUGCAUGAUAACAUACCUGCUACUCUUAUAGCAGAUUCAGCGGCAGCUGCCUUGAUGAAAGAUGGACGAGUGGAUGCUGUGAUUGUUGGAGCUGAUCGUGUGGCUGCAAAUGGUGAUACAGCUAACAAGAUUGGAACCUACAGUCUUGCCUUGUGCGCAAUGAAUCAUAAGAUUCCAUUUUAUGUGGCUGCACCUCUAACAUCCAUCGAUUUAUCCCUUUCUUGUGGAAAAGAGAUUGUUAUAGAGGAAAGAUCCCCAAAUGAAUUGACACACACGCGUGGAGGACUUGGGGAACAAGUUGCUGCAUCUGGAAUCUCUGUCUGGAACCCAGCUUUUGAUGUCACCCCUGCUAAUCUGAUAGCUGGUAUAAUAACAGAAAAGGGUGUCAUUACAAAGAUAAGAAGUGAUGCUUUUGACAUAAAGGAUUUCGUACAAAAGGUGGAUCAGUAGUCUUGUGUGCGGUGGAGGCAUCACUUACUUGAGAGUAUACCCCCCAUUGUUAAACAAGGGUAUCGACAUAAACAAACUUAGUAGUUGAUGUGAAAAACUAAUGUACUUUGAGGUAAAAUUUGGUACAACCUGCUGUAACACAUUCAAGGAUAAUGUCAUUGUCAAAAUUUGUCUUCC